CUGCUCCGCGUAGGAAAAGCAAGUGGAUUGAGGUGUGGGAGAAAGUGCCAGCUGUGGAGAAGGAUCGACUGCAUGAAGUGGUGGUGCGCAUGGAUCUUCAACUGAUGAAUGCUCAGCCCAGCGAUCCAAGGUCAUAUUUGAUCCAUGCCAUCACGGAUGGAAACCCGUUGACCACUUCGACUGUCUAUCCCAGAUUCUUGAGCGAGCCGUGCCCCGAGCGAGUGGCUGUAAAAGCUCCCAAGCCUUUGGGAAAACAAGAGGCAAAUGAAGCCUGGACGGACUUGGAAAAAGCACUCUUUUUGCCUGACAUCUUCGGACAGUUGGGUUCAGGAGGGGAUGAGUCGCGGCUACAGCUGGUGAAACAGCUGUUAAUCAGGGGUCUUCAACCUGACUUCAGUUUCCGCGGAAGACCAUUGCUGCAUCGUGCUUGUGAGUCAGGCGAUUUGGCCCUCGCGGAGCUGCUGUUCGCGUGUGGUGCUGACCUGCAUGCUCGAGGAGGCGAUGAGAACAGUUUGCCCAUCGAGGUGGCUGCUUGGUGUGGCCAAAUGCAGCUUCUUCGGCUCCUGGUGAUCAAUGGUUCGUGCUUUGGACAAGCUCUGCACAUGGCUGCGCUAUCAGGGCACUUGGAGGCGGCACAGCUGCUUUUGAACUACGGCUGCCCUCCCCAUGUGCGAAUUGCUGGCGUGACUCCUUUGGAUUUGGCCAUCGCUGCAUGUCAGGCGCCCAUCGUGACAUUGCUCUUACAAGAUCCCACGCUCACCGAAGUCGCUGGAGCCGAAGAGAAGCUCCAUCCGCAGGCCAUUUCACGCUAUGGCCUUGCGCCGCGCUCGCGACGCUUGCAUCUAGUGACCAAAAUGGGUGGACCUAGAGGUGCCAUUUUGAAGUCAUUGCUUUCACAAGGAGGUUUGGGAAAGCAGAAGGAAUGGUGGGCAAUUCUGGAAGCAGAGGAUGGGAUGACGCCUUUGACAGUGGCACAGCUUCCAACGAAGCUGUUGCUGAGACCAAACUGUCUUGAAGUUUGGUCUACUCUUUUGCAGCACUUUGGUCAAAAGGAUGACUUGGCGGCUCUUCGGCAAGUCCUGGAAAGUAAGGGCGAUCCCAACUGUGCCAACGCUGCGGGCUGGACGCCCUUAAUACUUUCUGCCAUGGCGGAUAGGGGUGAUUUGUGCGAGUUGCUCCUGCAGUUUGGCGCCGACCCUUUCCAGGCUGGCCCCCGAGGCCGCAGUGCCUUGCUGUGGGCCGACUGGUACCAAGCCAGCCGUUCCUUAGCGGUGUUGAAAGCGGAUCGUCGCGAGAAGCGCGACGACCGCGAAGGUUUGAAGCGCUUACAACAAGCCCUUAAGGACGAGUUUGCAUCUCCCAUCGUUACACCCAUGGCCGCCGCUGACCUUCCCACGGCCAUGAAUUUCCCAGGUCGCAGCUUCUCAGAGUUGGUAGAGCUGCAGCUGGCGCGGCAGGCGGAGCUGUGGGAACCUGGCGCUGGGGGCGCGCAGGGCGCGCAGGGCGUCAGUAAGCUUUGGUCCGGGGAGGGAGAUGCCGAAACGGGCCUCGCUCCUCUUCCGUUGCAAGACAUCCUGAGCGAGGUCAACCUGCCUGGUCCCAUUGGAGACUUCGACGGCAUGAAGUCACUGGUGCAAGCUGCACGAUUGCUGGUGCAAGCGAAGAUUGCUGCAGGAGCUCCGGCGGAGUCGGCCACGGGUGCCCUGGCCUUCUACGUUCUCACCCUGUUGGAUGCGAAGUCUCGGGAACGUGUCAACAGCGACCUGACUCAGGCUUGGGUUCAGUCGCUCUUGCGUUCCACGGCCCUUGCUUGGCACCAACUGCCGGCAGAGCGUUCUGUAGUCUUCCGUGCUGUGCGACUGAAGGGGGACCUGUCUGCCUAUAGGCGUCAGUUGGAGCUCUUCGCUCCACGGCGUCCGGUGGCAUGGCCCUGCCCCACCUAUGGCACGUUGGAUCGACGUGUGGCCUUGGCUUACUUGGAAGAUUGGAAGGAAGCUGUCUUGGUUUUCAAGAUCUUCUGUUUGACAGCAAGGAGGAUCAACGAAUUCUCCUGGCUGGCAGCCGAGGAUCAGACUUCCGCCUUGCAUGAGUCGAUGAUUGCUCCGGGUACUCAAUUUGAGUCCUGUGGCGUCUUCGAGCUGUCAGACGUGACCAUGCGCCGAGAUGUUCCAAUGGACGCAUCUCUCCGCCAAGACUUUGAGAUCCAUGAAGAGGUCCAGCUGCUGCCCAGUGGAGAGAUCCCACGGCAAGCUCUGGUCAUUUUGCAGGAGGUGGUGCCUGCAGAAGACUUACGAAAGGCGUCUGAGAGCGCUUCAGCUGCUGUGCGCACGAAGAAGACGGCAACAUACCUCUGAAGUGCGUGCACAGAUAACGACCUCUGGUUACAGAUCAACGGUUAUCACCGUGAUAAGUGCCAGACUCUUG